AUGGCUCCAACAACACCGUCUACAGACGACUCGCAUCAGCAGCUUCUGGAUCAGCUUGACUUGACACUUAAGCCGCGACCCUUUCGCAAUUCUCAAUGGAAGCCUUCGCAGCGCCGUAACAAGAAUAUCAAGCAAAUAGUGGCCGAGGCUGCUCGCAAAGAGGCAUCAGUCAUGGCCACACACGACAACAGCGGCUCUUCUACCCCAAAUCUGCAAAGCUCUGCCAUAGACACCGGAGCAGCAACGCCGGUACCUUUAUACGGCACGUUCACACACUCCAACAUAUCACAAGCAGCUCAAAAUCUGUCUACAAUGUCUGCUCCGUCACUGCAUCCAGCGCACCAGAAACACUACUGCGACAUCACUGGCUUGCCGGCCCCUUAUACGGAUCCGAAGUCCAGACUUCGUUAUCACAACAAGGAGGUGUUCGAUGUUGUCCGACACCUACCUCAGGGGGCGGCGGAGAGAUACUUGGAAGCGCGAGGAGCCCACGUCGUACUCAAAUGA